ACCAAAAAUCAUACAUUAUCUUUGUACUAUGUACAUAUAUAUACAUAUCUCUCUCUAUAUAUUUUGCAUCUAAAUGCAACUUGAAUUGUCUGCUUCUAAAAUUUCUAUAGCCAUGGAAGCAACAUCACAAACACUGCCUGGUUCAGCAGGCGAUCAAAUCUUGGGUGGUGGUGGUAGCAGUAAUAAUAUCCCCCAAGCAGUACCCUUAGUUUCUUCUUCUUCUUCGUCUUCGGGUUCCAUUGGGCCAUUCUUUGCAGUGAUCUCCGUCCUAACGAUCCUCGCAGUUCUCUCGUGCUUUUUGGGCCGGAGGCUGACUCGUGAUCAGAUGGUACCGACUCCGGUGGAGAGCAUCAGGGAUAGAAUCGAUUGUUUCGGGUGGUUGAAGCGCAAGUGCCGGCAGCUGCAGUGCAUGGUUGCUCAUCAUGACCUCGAAGUUGGAUCAAAGGUGAUGGUCAUGGAUCUGAGUCAAGAAAAGAAAGGUGAUGCUAGGGUUAAAGAAGGUGACCAUGAAGUUCCUCCCCAGAAGGCUUGAUUGUAUAUUUUGAAGAUGUAAUGUUCUAAUUGGGAGAUGGGUUAAAUUGUUAAAUGUUAGGGGGAAGGAUAUCAGUGAGAAUUGAACAUUAUAAUGCAUAAGUAUUAUUGCUUUCUGCCAUUGAGGUAAAACGUCAUCUGCUAAUCUAUAGCAUUCUUAAGGUUCUUGUAUUUGGUCACAUAAUUAAUAAGAAAUUGAUUGAUAUUAUGUACAA